AAACACAAGGUGCUAUUGUUCUGUGCCAGUUUUAGUGCAAAUUGGACUAAAUAUGCUAGCCAUGCAAACUGUGAUGCAGUCGGAGAUUACCAAAACACCCGCAAACGUUCCAGUUCCUUUGGCCCUUGAACACAUCGACAAUUUUUGUCAUUCACAAACGGCAGACAAACAAGCUCAGCCUACCAGGAUACCGGAAACGGAAGUAAACAAUAACAAACCCGACGAGCCUUCAAAAAAGGACUCAUUUCUGUACCCUGGGAAUUAUUUUCCACACAUGGGAUUAUAUAGUGCUCAAAACUCUUAUAAAUGUAUACCAUUAGACAAUGAUUCAAAUGCCUCAAAUACAGUUAUAGAACAGAAAACCUGCACACCGUCCAUAUCUAAAGACUCAUUCGAACACGUGCUGAACGUUUUGGCGAGCAAAUUCACCGGAUAUAGCGGGACUUCUUCUCAGCACAAGACAACAGCAGAGAAAGUCACUGUAAAUUCUAAUUCACUACAACCACCAAGCCACACACAUGAUGUGAUACAACCCUGCAAGAAGAGGCGUCUCUCCGGUACUCAAAAUCAAAGGAUUGAUAUAACUCAUAAUCAGAUGGUCCCUGUGGUGAAAAGUGUGCAAUCUGAUAUGACAGACUCUUCUCUGAGUAAAGCAUCAGGGCCAGAAACACAACAGAAAACACCCGAAACACCACCAAACCCUGGACAGUUUUAUUAUAACUCUCCACAGUAUUUACCGUUUUACCCCCAACCGAUGUGUGGGAUAUUUGUUCCUGAUUCUCAGCAGGUGCCACAAGCAAAUGACACAACCCAUCUUAUCCCUAGUCGUCAGAGUCCGAUCAUGUCAACGUACCAAACCCCAAAGAGUAGGACAAAGAAAGUCUGUCAAAGACGAUUAACUUCGCCAGCAGAAUCCGACAAAUCAUCUGACAUAUCACGUGACGAAGAUUCUGAGGCUGACAUCUCAGUGGUUGACGCCAGGGGCGAUGCCAAAGACAAGAGCAUUGCGGGCGAUACGUCUAAAGACAGUGACAUUUCUAUGGUGUCUGUGAAAUCUAACAAAUCAACUUCUCCUUCUAGCAGUAGCACAGGAUCACCGUCAACAGUUAGUCCAGACGAGGUUAGCCGCAAAAAGGCAAGGACCAACUACACACCGCAACAAGUCCAAACCCUGGAAAAGGUUUUUCAUGAAAACCCAUACCCGGAUGCUGAAAAAAUGGAGGAACUGUCCAAAGAACUUGAAAUUCCGGAAAGUAAAUUAAAAGUUUGGUUUCAAAACAAACGAGCACGUUGGCGCCGGAGAAUGAAUGACAAUGCCCAUCAAGUACCCCGCUUGAUGGGGCCAUCCACAAUGAUGUCCCCCAUGUCACCUUAUGGGUUCAUAGGUCACAUGAUGCCUCCUCCAAUGUCCCCGGCACAAGUCGUCCCGGGUCACUUUGUUCGCCCUGGUCCAUCUUCAUCACCACCUUCCACGUCACCGGGCAAUAAACAGACGUCACAGGUGACGCCACCCUACCAGUCACGUGGUCACUUUCCGCCAUACAUACCAAUUUAUCCAUAUGGAAUGUUCUCGCCAUAUUACUACAGCUGAUCCCGAGUUUUUAGACACUAUAGAAAAAGACAAGGUGCUUUUACGUUAUAAAUGUGUUGAUUUGAAUAUGUGAAUAAAAUUGAGGCAAACUUUACAUAUCU